AUGCGCAUGUGCAUCCCGACGCGCGGGCUAGUUAAGUGCAAAGUGCGACAACGUCCUAGGCUUCAUUCCUACUCAGGCUUUCGUAAGGAGUCAUGGUUCGUUCGUUCAGUUCCAUUGCUGCUGUAUCCCAGAAUAUGGGCAUCGGGAAGAAUGGGCUUCUUCCUUGGCCGCCGCUCAAAGAAGAGUUUGCAUUUUUUCAGAAAAUGACCAGAACUACUACCGAGAAAGGAAAACAAAAUGUAGUUAUAAUGGGUAAGAAGACUUGGUUCUCCAUUCCUGAAAAAAAUCGGCCUUUAAAAGGCAGAAUUAAUAUAGUGCUCAGCAAACAACUGAGGGAAACACCUGAAGGAGCUCAUUUUUUGUCUAGAACUCUAGAUGAGGCACUAGAUCUUCUAGAAUUACCAGAGUUGGCAAAACUGGUAGACAAGGUUUGGAUAAUUGGAGGCAGUUCGGUAUAUAAGGCAGCAAUGGAGAAGCCAACACAUCAGCUACUGUUCUUGACAAGGAUCUUCCAGUACUUCGAAUGUGAUACGUUUUUUCCAGAAAGUGAUUUAAAACACUUCAACCUUCUACAAGGAUACCCAGGUGUGCCAGAUGGUAUUCAGGAAGAGAAUGGCAUCCAGUAUAAGUUUGAAGUGUAUGAAAAGAACAUAUGUGGUAACAUAUAAAGUCUCUUGUCUCAAUAUAUGAUUCUGCAAUGCAUUUUACAGUAUGGUCACAAUUACACAAAAAUAAGUCCUACUGAAACAAAUCAGACUUGCUUCCGAACAUAGUGUUGUGAAACAAGUUGUCCCUCAAGCACAAAGCCUUUCCACACCUUCUUCCUUCCAGGCUAAUUGAAGUCCUCUUGGUCCAGGACAUAAAUUAGUGCCCAAAGCGUGCUUGGAAACAGCUACGUCAGUAUGGCUUUUGAUCAUCGGAGCUUUCCAUAUUUUCAGUGAAAAAUACAUUCCAUUAUUGUAGCUUUAUUGUAAGUCUUGAUCUUUUUUCAUUAAUAAAAUUAUGAAUAUUUAA